AUGGGCGAAAAUGAUUACAAAGUUGAAAGUUUAGGAGAUAUAGACGAAUUUUAUUCCCGAAUACGCUGGAAUAAUCAAUUUUCAUAUAUGGCCACUUUGCCAUCCCACCUACAAAGGAAAAUGGAAGGCCAGAAAUCUUUACUAGUGCGAUAUGAUAACUAUAGAAAGAAAAGUUCUCCUCCUAGUGGUGAAGGCGAGAAAGCUGCUCCACAGUAUACGCCCAUAGAUUCUUCAGAAACAUCUCAAGCAUUAAUUAGCAAAAAGGACUAUGAUACGCAUGCAUCCACGUUUGUGAAUGAAAUUUUCCAACCAAAAGUCGCUGAAGAAUUUAUAGUUAAUAGAUAUGAAAAACUUCUGUCACAAAAGCCGGAAUGGCAUGCGCCCUGGAAACUUUCACGCGUUAUUAAUGGUCAUCUUGGGUGGGUACGAUGCGUUGCGAUCGAUCCCGUUGACAACGAAUGGUUUAUCACCGGAAGUAAUGAUACGACAAUGAAAGUGUGGGAUCUUGCAACAGGCAGAUUGAAAACUACUUUAGCAGGGCAUGUAAUGACGGUGAGAGAUAUUGCUGUGUCAGAUCGACAUCCUUAUUUGUUUUCUGUUAGUGAAGAUAAGACGGUCAAAUGCUGGGACUUAGAAAAAAACCAGAUUAUUAGAGACUAUUAUGGACAUCUAUCCGGGGUUCGUACGGUGAGCAUACAUCCAACGCUGGAUCUCAUAGCUACUGCAGGUCGAGAUAGCGUUAUUAAACUCUGGGACAUGAGAACGAGGAUACCUGUUAUUACACUGGUUGGUCAUAAAGGUCCGAUCAAUCAAGUACAAUGUACUCCAGUGGACCCUCAAAUAGUGAGUUCAUCAAGUGAUGCUACUGUAAGGUUGUGGGAUGUAGUUGCAGGGAAAGCGAUGAAAGUUCUGACACACCAUAAGAGGUCUGUAAGAGCUACUGCAUUACAUCCUAAGGAAUUUUCGGUGGCUUCUGCAUGUACAAACGACAUUAGAUCAUGGGGACUAGCAGAGGGGUCCUUACUCACUAAUUUUGAGUCUGAAAAGACAGGUAUAAUCAAUACUUUGAGUAUUAAUCAAGAUGAUGUAUUAUUCGCUGGCGGUGACAAUGGUGUACUUUCUUUUUAUGAUUAUAAGUCUGGUCAUAAGUACCAAUCAUUGGCCACGAGAGAAAUGGUAGGUUCUCUGGAAAGUGAACGGAGUGUUCUAUGUAGCACUUUUGAUAAAACAGGUUUAAGAUUGAUCACUGGAGAAGCAGACAAAAGCAUAAAGAUUUGGAAACAGGAUGAGGCUGCUACAAGAGAGUCGGAACCUGGCUUGGCGUGGAACCCCAACUUACACGCUAAAAGAUUCUAG